UUUUUUUGCCUUUUUUUCUCCUUUACUUGAAUCUUUUGACUUUGUUUUUUUCAAAAAACAAUGUGAAUGCGUAGUUGUUUAUUCUAUCUUUGUGGGAAUCGCUUUCUGUGAUUGCGUAAUGGUUUGUUGUUGGCUUUCAUAUAAAAGCCAUGAGAUUGAAUCGAAAACAAAGCUCUCAACCCGACUCUUUUGUCUUCUUGUUCUCUUUGCCGACUUUGAAUCUCUUUAUAUUAUAAGAAUUCCAUUCCCAAUCUCCAUCUUCAGAAAUAUAUCAAAAUAAAAUGGGGAUAGAGGCAAGUGAGGGAGUGAGGAGAAGGGGGUGUUCCUGCUCAAAAGACGAUUUUCUCCCUGAGGAGUCCUUCAAGACUUGGGGCAACUAUGGCAGGGCGCUGGCGGAGAUUCCAGCCAGGCUGAAGGACCGACUGUUGACUCGGUCCCUGGACGCGACCGAGAUGAACGAGAUCAAGGCUCGGAGCGCACACGAGAUGAAGAAGACGCUGACUUGGUGGGAUCUCAUGUGGUUCGGGAUCGGCGCCGUCAUUGGCGCCGGAAUAUUCGUACUUACCGGACUCCAAGCCAAGGAAGUCGCCGGGCCGGCGGUGGUGCUGUCGUACGUCGUUUCCGGCAUCUCCGCCAUGCUCUCCGUCUUCUGCUACACUGAGUUCGCCGUCGAGAUUCCAGUUGCUGGUGGGUCGUUUGCCUACUUAAGAGUAGAGCUUGGUGACUUCAUGGCCUUCAUUGCUGCGGGAAACAUCCUCCUUGAAUACGUGAUUGGUGGUGCUGCUGUUGCCCGUUCAUGGACCUCCUACUUUGCCACCCUCUGCAACCACAAACCUGAAGAUUUCCGAAUCAUAGCCCAUAGUCUCAAAGAGGACUACAACCAACUUGACCCUAUCGCCGUCGGUGUUAUUACCAUCAUCUGCAUACUUGCUGUCUUCAGCACCAAGGGCUCUUCCCGCUUCAAUUACAUCGCAUCCAUUUUCCAUGUUAUCGUUAUUCUCUUUAUCAUCAUCGCCGGCCUUUGCAAAGCUGACACCAGCAACUAUACCCCUUUCGCUCCUAACGGCGUCCGCGGUAUUUUCAAAUCCUCUGCAGUUCUCUUCUUUGCUUACAUUGGGUUUGAUGCCGUCUCCACCAUGGCCGAAGAGACCAAGAAUCCCGGUCGUGAUAUCCCAAUAGGGCUUGUAGGUUCAAUGUCGAUCACUACAUUGGCUUACUGUCUGCUGGCUGUCACACUCUGUCUCAUGCAAAAGUAUACUGAUAUUGAUAAGGAUGCCCCAUUUUCUGUGGCAUUCGAGGCCGUAGGUUGGAACUGGGCUAAAUAUAUUGUAGCUGCAGGAGCUCUGAAAGGCAUGACCACUGUUUUGCUAGUGAGUGCGGUGGGUCAGGCUCGGUAUCUAACUCACAUUGCGAGGACCCACAUGAUGCCCCCAUGGCUAGCCCACGUGAAUUCAAGAACUGGGACGCCGGUGAAUGCAACUAUUGUGAUGCUUGUGGCCACUGCAAUCAUUGCCUUCUUCACAGAUCUUGGUAUUCUCUCCAACCUCCUCUCCAUCUCCACACUUUUCAUCUUCAUGCUUGUGGCUGUUGGGCUUCUGGUGAGACGGUACUAUGUCAGCAAUGUGACCACACCUACAAAUCGCAACAAGCUUAUUGUGUGCCUGGUGCUUAUAAUCGGGUCUUCAAUUGCCACCGCUACUUACUGGGGUCUCAGUGAGACUGGGUGGGUUGGAUACGUAGUAACAGUUCCCAUUUGGCUGCUAGCGACUGUGGCACUCUGGGCAUUUGUUCCACAAGCAAGAGAGCCUAAACUUUGGGGUGUCCCACUGGUUCCAUGGCUGCCAUCAGCAUCCAUUGCCAUCAACAUUUUCCUUCUGGGAUCAAUAGAUAAAGCAUCGUUUGAAAGGUUUGGAAUAUGGACAGCAGUUCUCAUGGUUUACUAUUUCUUCUUUGGAUUGCACGCGUCAUAUGACACGGCCAAGGAGUCUGCUAAGGUGACUCAUGAAACCACGCAGUAUAAGAGGGUGGAGGAGGGGGCUGUGACACCCUCAGUGGACUCUAGCACAGGUGUAAAAGCUAGCAAUGCUUCUACAAAUCCUUUAAAGUUUUCCUUGGAUUUCUCUUUGGAGAUGGAGUAAUGUGUGAUUGCUAUAAUAUUGUGAAAAAGUAGAGAUUCACUAGUAUAUCACUUGACAAGUGUGAAAAAUUUGAAGGAGCGAUGAUGCGCUAGGUAAUGUUCCCAAAAUAAUGUACUUCAUUUGACAGCAAACUCUUUGUUUAUAAAGAAAUAUAGGUUGUAUUUCGAGUACCUUCUAUUCAGCAUUACAGAUUUAAAU